AUGCCCCGUCUACAACCAGUACCCGAACUGAACAGAAUCAAGCUCUUGAAGUUUCCAUCUCUGGCUACCGAAAUGAUCAUCAAAGAGAUGGAUUUUGUCGAUGCACUACAAUUAUCCCUUUCCUCAUCAAGGUGCAAACGAAUGACAAGCUGGGCUCGAAACAGGACUCCAGUUGGAAAAACUGAACAGCUGAAAAUUGGAAUCGAUAUGGAGAAUAGCUCUCAAAACUCCACAAAUUCAACAUCCGAUGAUUCUUGUGAUUCUGAUAGAUGCCUAGCCCUAGUGGCAGAAAUCGGACCUAUGAUUAGAACUCACACGGAAGUGAAACCAAAAUCUGAGGUUCUCAAAAAGAUGAAUAACUUGUGUACAGAAAUUAAAAGUUGCUUCAAAGCGGCAACAUGUAAAAAGGGGAAGCACACUUAUGAGAGUAUGCGAGAUGCUUGUGAUCAUUUGGAGUUGAUGACUGGAAAUGUGCAGCCGUGUCUGAAGAAGUUCUACUCGGCCGUGUAUCAUGAAAAAUAUAAUUGUACAUCUGACAAGUAUUACCUGACGGAAGACCUCCCGAAACGUCGAGAAUCCUACACCCUCGGAAGAUUCUGCUUUUUCGAAGUCAUCGAAAAAGAAUGCUCCGCAGAGACCGUCAAAAUCCUCAGCUCCAAUUUUAACUACGACAAUUUGAUCAAUGUGUUAACCACUCUUCCUGGAGGACUUCAAGACAAUUGCAAUCGACUCUACCAUUCGUUCAAUAAACUUCAGUGUGAAUCUCUAGAAGAGGCAAUUGCAGAAAAAGAGAAAGAAAUCGAUUGGGUGGACACUACACAGACGAAUGAUACCGAUUUGGUGCAGUUCUUGCAGAUGUUCAAGGAUGCCGAGAAAUGCAUUGCCAAAUCCUGCUCCUACAACGACAUUCAUCGAUUGAUCUUCAAGAGUAAAAAGGAUUGGUUCGAGUUGUAUAGCACGGAGUUUUUCAUGUGCAAACGGAAAAUGAUGUUGGACAAACCGUCGGCCCAGAAAUUCCCAUGUCUUGGAGAUCAUAAUAUUGUUGGAUCGAAGAAAGAUGAGACAUGUGAGAGAUACUCAAAAUUGAAGGAUUGCACGAAGAAAGUGAUGGAAGAUGUUUGUGGAAAGAAGGCGAUCGAAGAUUAUGAUAAGACUGCGGAUAUUAUUAAAAAACAUUUUGAUUGUAAAUAA